AGCACGCCCCUUCCAGGAGGGUGAGGAAGCUCAUUCCCGUUUCUGAACCGUUCCUGUUUUUCCUUCCAGCCUCACGGCUGUUCCAUCUCUUCCGCGUUCCCACCACCGCUCUUCUCAGGAUCCUCCCCCUUUCCCGCCAGUCGCCGCAAACCGAGGAAACUGGAUUGCAGCCGCGGACCGGCUGGGUGAUCAGUGCGCAGGCGCGAGCGGUCUGGCCCCUGACGCGCGCGGCGCGGUUGAAGCCAGAGUGAGUUGCUGAGGGAGAGCAGGCGGCUACUUCUAAUCUCCAGCAUGGCAGCUCUGCGCUAUGCGGGCCUGGACGACACGGACAGUGAGGAUGAGCUGCCUCCGGGCUGGGAGGAGAGAACCACCAAGGACGGCUGGGUGUACUACGCCAAUCACACCGAGGAAAAGACCCAGUGGGAACAUCCGAAAACUGGCAAGAGAAAACGAGUUGCAGGAGAUUUGCCGUAUGGCUGGGAGCAGGAAACCGACGAGAAUGGACAAGUGUUUUUUGUUGACCACAUAAAUAAAAGAACUACCUACUUGGAUCCAAGAUUGGCAUUUACCGUGGAUGACAAUCCGAUGAAGCCAACCACCAGACAGAGAUACGAUGGGAGCACUACUGCCAUGGAGAUCCUGCAGGGCCGGGACUUCACAGGCAAGGUGGUCCUGGUUACUGGAGCAAAUUCAGGAAUAGGGUUCGAAACCGCCAAGUCCUUUGCCCUCCAUGGCGCACACGUGAUCCUGGCCUGUAGGAACAUGAGCAGAGCCAGUGAGGCCGUGUCCCGCAUUCUGGAAGAAUGGCACAAAGCCAAGGUGGAAGCAAUGACCCUGGACCUGGCCGUGCUCCGUAGCGUGCAGCAUUUCGCCGAAGCAUUCAAGGCCAAGAAUGUGUCUCUUCAUGUACUUGUGUGUAAUGCGGGAACUUUUGCUCUACCCUGGAGCCUCACGAAAGAUGGCCUGGAGACAACCUUCCAGGUGAACCACCUGGGACACUUCUACCUUGUCCAACUUCUGCAGGACAUUCUGUGCCGCUCAUCCCCUGCCCGUGUCAUCGUGGUCUCUUCUGAGUCCCACAGAUUUACAGAUAUUAAUGACUCCUCUGGGAAACUUGAUCUCAGCCGCCUGUCUCCAUCCAGGAGUGACUACUGGGCCAUGCUGGCUUAUAACAGAUCCAAACUCUGCAAUAUCCUCUUCUCCAAUGAACUGCACCGUCGCCUCUCCCCACGUGGGGUCACGUCCAAUGCAGUACACCCUGGAAACAUGAUGUACUCAGCCAUCCAUCGCAACUCGUGGGUGUACAAGCUGUUGUUCACCUUGGCCAGGCCGUUCACUAAGUCCAUGCAACAGGGAGCUGCAACCACUGUCUACUGUGCAGUCGCCCCAGAGCUGGAGGGCCUCGGAGGGAUGUAUUUCAACAACUGCUGCCGUUGCCUGCCAUCCGAGGAGGCUCAGAGUGAAGAGACAGCCCGGGCCCUGUGGGAACUCAGCGAGAGGCUCAUCCAGGACCGACUAGGCAGUCCAUCCAGCUAAUCGGAGCCCCAUAAUCUUGGGCAAACCCCCACCCAUGCUUUGACCCUCAUCACAGUCAGCCCCAUCAUCCUGGGUGCCCAGAACCUCCAGUGCAGGGCAAUGAGCGUAUAUAAGAGCAGCUGUAAUCAAUGGAAGAAGAUUAUAACUAGCGGGAAGCCAGGAAUUUCAAGGGACAGGGUUAGUCAUGUGUCUGCUUGCUUUUCUGGUGGUGGUCUGCUUGAAAAUGGAAGCAUGGUUAGCAUGUAGGUUCCCUUGCUCAUUGUAGAAGCACACAUGAUUCUCUAUCAAUCUUAGAAUAACCUAAUAUCCCCUCGACCCACCUAACUGCCACCACUGCCAUUGUUGCCACCCAAGGCUGGUUUUCUCCUGUUAACGGAAGAAAAAAAAUGCACAUUCUUCACUUCUCCAUGCUGAGUUCAAUCCUGGAGGCCAUGUUUCAUACUUCCCUACCACAUCUGAACAGGCGUGGCAACUUGAGAGAAACUCAGUACCUCAUUCCAACAAGAACCAAUGCAAAGGUGCCAUCAGAGGGAGGGCAGAGUCAGUGUGCGGAGAUGGCGGGUCCCAGAAGCACCAUUUGCUGUCCUCCUUGCCAAAGUUACACAAGCAGUUCUUUAGCGAUCAUAACAAGUACAUUUUACAUUUUGCAAAUCAUUCCCUAGAUACACAGGCGGGCAAGGAAGGAGGCAAGGCAUCUUUAAGAUACAGGGGAUAUGCUUGAGGUGGGAAACAGGGAAGUAGUUCCCUCCAGUCUUCACUCACAGUUCCAAGAAUGACUUCUUUAGUGACUGUCCCAACCUCUCAGUCCUCCAGAGUUCGCUUCCCCUGGUUCCCCCCAUCCUAUGCUUAAUAAAGAACAUGCUUGACUAUGG